AUGACCAAUAAUAUCGUGAAGCCCGAUCUCGCACCCCUCGUUGACGAAGACCAGGUCGGCCAGAAGAAGAGGUCGGACGAAACUAAAAAGCCGAACAAAAAGAAACCCAAAGCUCACGAAUGUGACUGGGGAUGUGACGGAGAAUGUGACGGUGACGAGGAUAAUGAUAGCGAUGACUCGGAUACCCCCCAGGAAGAUACGCCAGUGGAGGGUAAUGCAGAAAUGAAAGUGAAAGCGCCAAAUGAUACGACAAGACGCUCUGAGAAUCUCGAGCCCCUCACCGAUGACAUGUGUCUUGUUGCGACACCGUGGCUAAAAGGCUUUGACCUGAAGACCAAGGAUUGGGCCCAGUUCUAUGUCGAUGACCUAACCCCGGUGGUAUGGAAUGAUGCCGCAUUCAACCACCUCGUGCUUCCAGGCACAGAGAAGCAGCUUGCUUGGGAGUUUGUGGAGAACAAGACCCUCGCGAAUAGCUUCGACGAAUUUAUCCAAGACAAAGGGCGUGGUAUCAUCAUUCUGAUGUUUGGCCCACCUGGUGUGGGAAAGACCUAUACUGCAGAAGCAGUUGCUGAGAAGGCACGUGUGCCACUGUACUCCAUGAGCGCUGGUGAUCUGGGCACGGUACCAAAGGAGGUCGAGCUUGUGCUGGACCGAGCACUCACCCUCUGUGGUCUCUGGAACGCCAUGCUCCUCCUCGAUGAGGCCGAUGUAUUCCUCGGUGCUCGCACCGAUAGCGAUCUAGCCAGGAAUGAGCUUGUAGCUGUGUUCCUCACCAAGCUCGAGUACUACACAGGAGUCUGUUUCCUCACGACCAAUCGAACAGCCAGUAUCGACACCGCCUUCCAGUCCCGCGUGGAUCUCUUCCUCCCAUACAAGGACUUGACUUUCGAAGCUCGCAAGAAGGUCUGGCAGAACUUCAUCAAUCGCGCUGGGGGUACUCAGGUUGAGAUCCCAGAUGAGGAUAUGAACAAGCUGGCUGAGAUGAAGCUGAAUGGCCGUGAGAUCAAGAACUUGAUCAAGAGCGCGCAUCUCCUUGGGCUCAAGAAUCGUGGUGCCAUUCAGGUAGACCGGCUGAUGAUGCUGGCUCGGAAUCGGGUCGCUGCUCUUGGUGAGUUGAAGAAAAACUGA